UUCAGGCAAUGGAUGACCCAAAUCAAUGCACUAUUAAACAGGAGGACUCCAUAACGCGACCAAGACCUACAGAGGCGCCAACGAUACAAAAUUUGAAACAAGAACCGGCGAUUGAAGAAGGUUCAUCCUCAACAAUGGAUAAUAUGCUGAUGCUUACUAUCGACACCAACCAAGCAAAUUGGCAAGGCACCUACGACGACGAUGAGAUGGAUUUGAAUAACAAGACCGAUUUGAUUCCAUUACUUGAAACAGAGAAAACGACAAUUAAUGAGGACGAGCUCUAUGACGACGAGGAGGACGAUGACGACGAUGAAGAGAUCAAAAAGGGAAUCGGUUUUGAACUUCUAGCUCAAGCACUCGGAAUGUCAGCAAAGGUUCCUGUUGAGAAAGAAGAGCCAGAGAAAGAACGUGCAAAGCUCAGUGGAGUCGGAGAAUUUAUGAAGCAAAUUCGAGGAGAAAUCAAGCCCAUCCAGAAAGAGCGAAUUGUUCUUGAUGAGUUGGGAUUUCGGGUCAGAGACCCUUCGAAGUUUCCUCCUUGCCGUAUUGCUGAAGUUCAACAGACACUAACUCUAGCCGAUCAUCAGGAUGGAAUUGAUCUUCCUCCACCGAAUGCUCCAACGGAUGUUCGGAUUGUACGCAAGCUGAUUCGACAGAAAAUGGUUCGAUGCAAAAAGUGCAAGAAUCGAUUUAUCGAGAAGAACAUUUAUGAACGACAUCUGCGCGACAAACAUCCAGAUCUCUACGAGGAAUAUAUUCGUGAACAAGAAGAAGAAGUGGAGCUGCAACGGCUUGAAGAAAUCGAAGCAAAUCGCAUUGAAGAGCUACAAACAGGAGGAUUCAUCCCGCCGGAAAACGAGAUUUCUCAACCAUCUGAGGAUCCAAACUAUAUUCCCCUUCCCGGAGAAAACAAUGGCGGCCUGGUCCCACGUUUUGACUAUUAUGGAAGAAUCAAGCAACUAAAGCGUCCGUACAAGAAAAAAGUGUCGCCGCAAUGUCCGUUCUGUGAUAAACGUUUUAGAAAUGAGUUUUCCCUCAAGAAACAUUUUGCAAAGAAGCACGAGGAGAUGGUCGAGUUUCAGCAGUGUCUCAAAUGUUUUAAAUGUGUUGAAAAUGAUGCAGAGAUGGCGAAUCACGACUGUGAAUUGACUUAUGUUUGCUUCGAAUGUACUCCGAUCAGAAAUCUUUGCACCGACAAUCGUCUCCUAAAUCACCGAAAGAAGUUCCAUCGUGGAGCGAACUCUGGUUUCCGCUGUUCGUUCUGUAACAUGAAGUUCCUUACACCGCGUAAACUUCGGAAGCACAAGAAGAUGUCCCAUGUGUUCACAAAAACGUUCCAAUGUCAUUUUUGCGAGGAGAUAUUCAUUAGUGAAGUUGCAGUGAUGACCCAUGAGAGAAUGCAUACGGGAAUUAUAAAGUUUGAAUGCAAAGUUUGCGACUUUCGUGCAAACCGAUACACUGCUAUGGAGGAACACAAGAGAGAUGAGCAUGGAUAUGUUUGCGCGAUUUGUCACGAACGUCACGCGGAAUACCCCGAGAUGAAACAUCACGUGUAUGAAGAGCACGGAGGCUACCUGGCAGCAGAUGAGCCGACAGCAUACGUGGAGACUCCGCGGAUGUGGAUACUCUACAAAGGCGAGUGAAACUUCUUCAUCAUCACAGAUCUUCAUCAAAACUACCACACUUUCAUUUGAUACAUUUUUUUUUCAAUUUUUUGUUUGUUUUUGUUUCACUUCCCGAUUAUGUUAAAAAGGGUUUAAUUUUGUCAUUUAAUGUUGAUUGUACUAUUACUGUAACACCUCUUACUUUUUUUCAGACCAUGGACGUGUUUUAAUGUUUUAAUCUAGCGUGCUAUCAAUCAUUCAACUUUAUUCAUGAUAUACACACAAAUAAAUCAGGUUACUAU